GCUCAGCAGUAGCUCAGUGUACGACUCCAGUCAAAAUGUUCAAAUUGUUCAUCUUCGCUUGCUUCCUGGCCUUCGCCGCGGCUAAGCCCAGCGUCCUUCUCAGCUCGUACACGGCUCCCGUCGCAUACACCGCGCCCGUCGCGGCUGCCUACACCGCUCCGCUGGCCUACUCAGCCUACACCGCACCAGUAGCAGCCUACUCCGCCUACACAUACGCAUCACCCUACGCCGCUUACUACCUCCGACGUUAAUGCUAUCUGUAAAAUUUUUUCGAUUCAAAACUAUGUUCGGCUGACCAAAUAAAUGGAUUUUGUUGC